AUGAAUACUACUCCAGAAUUUAUAUAUAAUCCAUUACCCCCAUCUCCUUAUAAUGUUUUAUGGGCUCAAAAUAAGGACAUAAAAACUGACGAUACAACACCUUAUAUGAUUCCAGCUUCAGUAAAUCCUAAGAAAAGUUCAGUAACAAUAUGUAUUGAUGAUUCUAAUGAAAUGAUAAAUCUAUAGGCUUAAAGAAUUGCUAUGUUAGAAGAAAGAUGCGAUUUAUUAACUAAAUAAUAUUAAAGAUAUUAUUCUGGUUUAAAAAAUAAAGACGAUGAGUUAAAGCAUUGGAAAAAUAGAUGCGAUUUAUUAUAAAGUCAUUUAAAAGUACCUUAUACGAGAAUUGAGGAACUUUAAAGUUAAAAAAAUGAAGUUAAAAAAGAUUAAAUUAGAAUGGUGUAGAUUUUAAAAAAUGCAGAAAGUGAAUUGGAAAAUUUAAUUAAACUUUCAGAUUAAAAAGAAAAAGAUAUUGCUUUUUGGAAAGAAAGAGCGAAAAAAGCAGAAAAAACUUAAACUAUUAUUAUGUCUUUGGAACAUAGGAUUAGGAUCUUGGGUUAAGAAAAUAAUAGAUUAAAUAGCUUAAUUACAGAAGGUUCUAGGUAUAAACCACCUUAACCUUUUAAUUUUUGGUAGUAAUAAUGA